AUGGCUUUUCUUAUUAUCCAUGAUACUCUUGAUGGCAAUUCCUUUUUGCGCUCCAUGGACCAUAUGGACAUUACAGCUGAUAAUUGUCCUUGGACUCAUCCAGAGGCGUUUCUUAUAAGGUUAAACUCCACGAGUACAAUAAAUGUUUGCCAUCCAGCGCGGACAAGAGAUACAGACUUCUCAUCAUCUGUAUUGUACGCCAUGUGUACCACGUACACAAGAAUCGCGAUAUUCUCACCGCCGAUCCAUGUUCAUAUCACAAACCUCGGGAUGUACAUGUUCGAUCUCCCUCCCUUCUCGGAAUGUGACAGUAUGUAUUAUGACUUUGAACUUCUUGGCACAUCGGCCCGGUAA